AUGGCCACCUCAGGAGGAAUUAUCACUGGCAAAGCCAUGACACUAGGGCUGGCGUUGCUUGCUUGUUUGGUGGCCGGAGGCGAGUCUCGAGGCCCCAUUUACGGUGCUCUCAGGGCCACCCGCCGUGGCCUUGUUGACACCGGUGCUACGGUUUUCGACGUCACUACAUACGGCGCAAAGGCUGAUGGGCAGACCGACAACGCAUUGGCAUUUGUAAAGGCAUGGAACGCAGCUUGCAACAAUAGCGGACCGGCCAAACUGGUGUUCCCUACGGGGACAUUCGUGUCCGGACCGGUGGUGUUUCAGGGUCCUUGCCAGGGUUUGAGCCCAAUCACUAUCGAAGUCAAGGGUACCAUAAAAGCGAGCACUGAUAUCACCGAAUACUCCGACGAUGGGUGGUUCUGGUUUGAGUUGAUCGACGGCUUGGUUCUCAAGGGAGGAAUUUUCGAUGGGCAAGGCCCGGCUGCAUGGCAAUACAACGAUUGCAAGCGCAACAGUGCUUGCCAACAUCUCCCCGUGUCGCUCAAGUUUAACAAAGUGAAAAACAUCCUCGUGGAUGGGGUGACUUCACUGAACAGCAAGGGCUUCCACUUCUCCCUAACUUUCUCACAGAACUUCACCGGCGUCAAUCUCAACAUAUCGGCUCCUGGAAAUAGCCCGAACACAGAUGGGAUCCAUUUGAGCAGUUCCGACCACAUCAACAUCUCGCACAGCGCCAUUGCGACCGGUGACGAUUGCAUUGGAAUCAUCCAAGGCGCCACUAACGUUUCCAUCACCGACAUCACCUGCGGCCCUGGGCAUGGCAUCAGUAUCGGCAGCCUCGGCAAGUAUCCAGGGGAAAAGGACGUGAUCGGCGUGCGUGUGUGGAACGCCACGUUGACGAACACCACGAAUGGCCUCCGAAUCAAGUCCUUCCCAGGAAACAAGCAGCUUCACGCUACGGACAUCAUCUUUGAAGACGUUGUCCUGAAUAACGUGAAGAACCCGAUCAUCAUCGACCAGAAUUACGGCUUCCACAAGGCCACACUGCCAUCGAGUGUGAGGGUGAGCGAUGUGCACUUCAAGAACAUCAGAGGCACCUCAGUCUCGGACGUGGCGGUCUUGCUGGAGUGCAGCUCCUUAAACCCGUGCGACCUCGUCGAGCUGUCCAACAUCAACUUGUCCUACGCCGGGCCGCCGCUGAGGAACAAGAACAUGACGUCGUUGUGCACGAACGCUAAGCCUAUCUUCAUCGGCACGCAGAACCCGCCCGCGUGUCUGUAG